UUUGUUAAUGUUGAAACUUAAAUCUAAUCGACUUUGUCAUUAUAUCGUAUAAAGAAUUAUGUGUCUCUGAUAAAGCUGUUUGAAUCACUUUGAUGGACUUUAAUGUCUCAGCUCAAAACGAUGUAGAAAGAGAGCUCCGUGUCAGUUCACUGUCACCUUUGAACAGACUGUGUUCUAUUGUUCACGACGCUUCGUUUGUUGAUAGUAUUGUCUCGUUAUUACCUCGUCUACCGUUGGGAGGAAACCUAAGAGCAGGUCGUUGGUAUGUAAAACCCGAAAUCUUGAGUUUCGAUUGUUGUUUUAAGAGUGCAGAUGGUCACUAUGGCCAGUGGAACUUUUCUUUUUGGAGAGUAAACUUAAAAUUGUUGAAGUUGCUUUUUUCUCGAGGUGGCGCUAUUGUUGUGGACGCUACAAGACAAGGAAAGCGAUUUCCUGACAGUUUAUCAAAGACAGUUCCCAUUUGGUGCUUCGUCAUCAACGAAAUACUCGCAGAAUUAGGUUUAUUGAACCUUGCUCACGCAAGUGAUUCACUUGUUUUACCAGAGUGGGUUCCAAAAGAGGAAAAGCACUGGAUAUUAGAAAGAAGCCAAGGUUGGAUAACUAUGAUUCAUGAGCAGAAGGAAUUUCGGAGUGUUUUACUAGAGCUGGCAAAUGAUUGCCCUUUGAGAAAGCCUUUGAAGCCAGUAUGGAUCCACAGAGACCAGCCAAGUAUAGAAGACAGUAGUUUAGUGGACUGUAUUUCCUUUAUUCCCGUAUUUUGCGUCUCAGUCUCUUCUCCAAAGGAUAACUAUAGAUGGUUGACCCACUCGCUGAAAACUGGAGAAACAUUUGGUUUUCGUUAUAUUCAAGGAGCAGGAGAUGAUGAAGAAAGUUGGAGUUGUGGACUAUUUCCAGAAUUGUUUUGGAAACAUAAAGAAGAUUUGUUGAGUCGAGACCCCAUGCUCUUGAAAGAACAUAUAACAAGUUUACUUGAAAGUGUAAAGUCACGUUCUUUAGUAUCCAUUAUCAAUCCGAACUUGCUCGUGCCACAUUUAGAACUGUUCCAAGUUGAUGAAAGAGACUCAGCUGGAGUUGAUCUGUUUUGGAAUGGUUGGUUUUCAUCGGAGCUUCCAAUUCAGCCAUAUUCAGUGGAUGUUCAUAUUGUUUUGAGUGUUGGAGACAGGAAUUCAACGCUGGUAGAUUCUUUUCCACUUGUCAAGUCGAUGUUGGAUGAUACUUGUAGCAUUAUCUGUAUAAAAUUGGUAGACAGGGCAGGCCGUUUGGAAUCAAAACGCUUUGGUCUGGAAAGGACUUUGAAAGAAGUGACUCAUCAUCUGGAUCGGUUUUUGUUGAAAAAGAAACAAAGCGUAAUGAUAUGGAGUCCCUUUCAUACAGAUUGGGCUACUUGUUGUGUAUUGACUUGGUUAGCCACCCGUACAAUAACUAGACACCCACAAAAGAUUAUCAAGGAAGCUGCAAUGCAUAAGCAGAUUUGGUCUGUGGUUUCGGAGCAACAAAAGAUAGAAGAUAAAAUGGAGUUGAUAACCAUCUUUUGGUGGCUAUCGUUGAGCUUUGAUGUGCACGCACCAUCACGUAGUGCAGUUCAACAAAUGCAUAGAUUCCUAUUCAAGACACCAUUUGAGAAGACAUCCCAUCGAAUUGCUCAAAGUUGACAAGAUUUAUUUAUCUUGGACUAUUAGUCUUCGAGGAUGUUUUACUAAAGGCAAGGUAUUGAGUACACACAA